AUGUUACCGAGGAACUUUGACGACGUCGUGAUCAACUUGCCCACUGCUCUCAUGCUACCUCUAUCCAUCGUCAUAUUUUCCGACCCUCUACUUGGUGUCAGAUUGCCUCGCAAAAUCCAUUCAAUGACUGUCGCCGACGUCUUUGCUGUGCAUACAACUGAGCAAUUUCUGCAUUGGAAACGUUCCUUCGACCCCACACUUGCUGUAUGGCAGCGUGCACCUCGACAACUGAUUCAGGGCAUUGCAAAAGGCACAUUUAAGUUGCAACCCUUCUUUCUCCCUCUGUGUGUUCCUUCCUCCGCUGUCUUUCCUUCACCAUCCAGUCCUUCAUUGCAACCAUUUGUUGAUCACCUCACAACUGACAACAACCUUGCAAUGACUUCCACUGGCUGUAGAUCCAAAUCGUUUCGGCAAGCAUGCUCGUCUGCUUCCGUCGUUCCUCAACGAUUGGCUGCCAUAGCAUCUCCCCAAUGGUCGUUUUUCUGGUCUUUGUCCCUGACCAUGAUCCAAAGAAAUGUCGUAUAUCGAUUCAUCAACAACUGCAUUCCCCAUCAGUCUCUAUUGAAUCUGAGGUUCCCCUCUGUUUACUUGUCCCCCUUGUGCUUUGUCUGUUCCUCAGUUGAAGAUUCCACUGACCACUUCCUUUUUGAAUGUCCACCCAAGGCAGCGGUCUGGCAGGGUAUUAUCUCUGAGUUCCUCUGGCCCACGGUAACCAUUGAUGAUAUCCGCCAUUCCCUCCUCACUCUCGACUUUUACAAUAUUCGAUAUAGUCAGCGGCCUCGUGCUUCCUCUCAUCAUAUAGUCAUCAUUGCGAUGUCUAACAUUUGGAAAGCUCACUAUCGUCUAAUCUUCGAUCAAACUUCCUUCGCUCCCGCCGCUGUGCUGAAUAGUAUCCGACUCGACAUCCAAAAAAUGAUCGACGAAGAUCUCAUUCAUGCCAGCCUAUAA